AUUAGUAGAAGAAAUCGUUAACGAUGUUACGAAGAAAUUUAGUCAUAUGUCUUCAAAGGAUGAUUCUUACGAUGGCAAUUUGGUUGGAAUUGAAUCACGAGUAAAAAAAGUAGAAAAAUUAUUACACGACAAGCAAGUUGUAGGAAUAUGGGGAAUGGGAGGCAUUGGUAAAACAACAAUUGCCCAGGAAGUAUUCCGCCGAAACAUCACUAGUUUCGACAGCCAUUGCUUCGUCGAGAAGGUCAGGGAGACCAUGUUGAAGCAACCAACGAUCGAUGUCCGAGAUCAAAUCAUUUGUCGACUGUUAAGACAAAAAAAUUUCCAUGAAGACAUAUUGGAUUUAAAUUCUUUUAUUAGGAGAAGGCUCCAAAGCAAGAAAAUAUUCAUAGUGUUUGAUGAUGUAGAUGAUCCAAAUCAUUUGAAAAGAUUAGCAGGAGAUUGCAGUUUGUAUCAUGAAGGAAGUAGAAUCAUUGUAACUAGCAGAGAUUGGCAGGUUCUUAAGAAUGUCACUACAAAAGAAUGCAUAUAUGAAGUUGAUAAAUUAACAGAUUCUGAAGAUCUUAAACUCUUUUGCAUGCAUGCAUUCAAGCAAAAUCAUCCCAAGGAAGGAUUCAUGGAGCUUUCCAUUAAAGCAAUCUCCUAUGCAGGAGGCAACCCAUUAGCUCUUACAGUUUUGGGAUCUCAUUUAUUUGAUAUGGAGAUAGAAGAAUGGAAAAGUGAGUUGAAAAAAUUGAAAGGUGGAUCUCUGAGAAAAAUUCAAGAUAUUAUGAGAACAAGCUAUGAUGGGUUAGAGAAGAAUGAGAAGAAAAUAUUUCUUGACGUUGCAUGUUUCUUCAAAUGGGAGAAUAUAUAUUCUGUGAAGAAAACGUUGGAAGCUUUUGGUUUCUUCCCGAAAAGUGCAAUUCCUCGGCUGAUUAGUAAAUCUCUCAUAAGCAUUUCAUCAAUCAAUGAAGUGGAUAUGCAUGAUUUGCUAGAGCAACUUUGUAAGGAUAUUGUUAAUGAAGAAAGCAAACAACCUGGUGGACGUAGCAGGUUGUGGAAUUAUGAAGAUGUUCAUCAUGUGUUGACAACAGAUACAGGAACUGAAAAUGUUGAAGGCAUAUUGCUUGACAUGCAUAAGAAGGAUAAGUUGGUGAUAAGUUCCACAGCCUUCAUGAGGAUGUGCAAUCUUAGAUUCCUCAAAAUUCAGUGUUACAAUGGAGGACAAGUGCUUCUUCCUAAUGACCUUGAAUUUCUUCCACAGAAGCUAAGAUAUCUUUACUGGAAUCAUUAUCCUUUAACAUCUUUGCCAUUAAAUUUUUGCCCCAGGAAUCUUGUGCAACUUCAUAUGCGUUCUAGCAAACUCAUAGAAUUGUGGAAUGAAGAAAAGCCACUUGGAAAUCUGAAAUUGAUAGACCUCAGCUAUUCUGAGGAUCUGAUGAGGAUUCCAGACUUGUCUGCCAGUGCCUCAAAUCUUGAGUACUUAUUUUUGAUGGGAUGUAGAAGUUUAGUUGAGAUUCCCUCAUCUCUUCAGAAUCUGAGCAAGCUUACUCAACUAAAAUUAGAUGAAACUGGAAUACAACAACUGCCUUCAUCAAUUGAACAUCUGCGUCAACUUUUCAAUCUGUCCUUGAUUUGGUGUACAAGACUUGUGAAUCUUCCAAGCACCAUUGGCAAAUUAAAACGUCUUGAAGAGCUUUUUCUAUGUGGAUGCUCAAAGUUACAAAGUCUUCCAGAAAGUAUCAAGCAACUCACAAAGUUAAGACGGCUUAAUUUAACAGGUUGCAAGAGCCUUAAAUGGUUACCAGAGCUUCCACCACGUUUGGAAUACGUGAACGCAUCAGACUGUAUCUCUCUGGAAUCUGCAUCAACUUCAUUCCUUUUCCUAGAACAUGAAGAUGAAGAUGAAGAUGAAGAUGGUGAAGCAGAAGAAGAAGAAGCAGAUAAAAGUGAAGAUGAAGAUUAUUUUGCAAACGACAAAUUUCUUGUGUUUGGAGAUUGCAUCAAUUUGAAACACAAGAAGAAAGUAAUGGAGGAUGUUUUUGAAGCACAUCUGUUGGGUCAGAAAGCGAGUUUAUACAUGGCAGGAAGUGAAAUACCAGAAACGAUGAGAUUCAAGAACAGAAGUGGAUCAUCUCUUUCAUUCAAACUCGACCCUUGUCGUUUAAUUGCCUUCUCUUUCUGCGCAGUGAUUCCCACAGCUGUUGUUGAUCCCACAAAUUAUUAUUUUGAUCUUCGAAAGGGCAUCACAUGCAGAAUGGUUUUGAUGGGCAAAUCUGGACAAAGACAUAGCCAUGAUUUCUUUCUAUUUGGUUAUCGUCUGUCUUAUUUUAAGUAUUCAUCAGAACACGCAGUGCUUUGGUUCAGUGAUAAUAAGCUUCAAUCUGUUGAUGAAGAGUGUUUCGUUGAGGCUUCAUUUCACUCCACUGAUGAAAAUUUAGUGGAGAUUAUUGGGUGUGGGAUCCAUCCAAUAUACAGUAGAAAUAAAAAGAGAAGCAGAAAUGAUGAGGAACAGCAACCUCCACUUCAAAGAUUGGACAACUGCCAUGAUUUUUUAAGUCUCUUGUGUCACCCACAUAACAACAUUAAGAGAAGGAUCAUAGAUUAUGAGGAGGAAGAAAAGGAAAUGGAAUUGGAAGAGAAGGCCUCAGCACUCAAUCUAAAUCUCUCUCUUUCUCUUCCUGGUUUCUCUUUAUAAUUCUCUCUCUCCAAUUACUUAACCCUACUCACCAUGUAUGUUAAUUUAUUAUUGAAAAAUUCACUGUUUAGUUUAUUUGG